AGCAGCAGCCCGCAGCCCAGCGCACAGCUCACCUGGCUGCACCGAGAACACAUUUCUAGGUUUUUUUUUUUCUUUUUUAAUUUCCUCCUUGACAGGGGUGGAAGGAAAGGAGCAGAUACCCCCUCUAUCUCCCCUCCCGGGAGAGACGUCAUCAUGUCAGGUAGAGAGUGAAGAGGAGGUUUCGGAGCCGUGAGGAGGUGGGGGAACAACACUGCGGGUUGCGCUUGGAGUGGCCUCUCCAUCCGGGCGAACACCUUUCCGGGCUCAAAGCGCGCACGAUGAUGCACCGCUGGCAGCUGCCGCCGCGGCUGCUGCUGGCUUUCUUCGCCAUUGUGGGAGUUGGCCUCGGGGCAGACACAGAGGAGCGGCUGGUGGAGCAUCUCCUGAACCCGGCACAUUACAACAAGCUGAUCCGACCCGCCACUAAUGGGUCUGAGCUGGUUACCGUGCAGCUGAUGGUGUCGUUGGCCCAACUCAUCAGUGUCCAUGAAAGAGAGCAGGUGAUGACCACCAAUGUCUGGCUGACACAGGAGUGGCAGGACUAUCGGCUGACUUGGGUCCCCGAGGAGUUCGAUGGAAUGUUGAAGGUCAGGCUGCCCUCAAAACACAUCUGGCUUCCUGACGUGGUCCUCUACAACAAUGCGGACGGGGUCUAUGAGGUAUCCUUCUACUCUAACGCGGUGGUGUCCUACGACGGCAGCAUCUUCUGGUUGCCUCCAGCCAUCUAUAAAUCAGCCUGUAAGAUUGAGGUGAAGCACUUCCCUUUCGACCAGCAGAACUGCACGCUGAGGUUUCGUUCCUGGACCUACGACCGCACAGAAAUAGAUCUUGUGCUUCGUGCCGACGUGGCUAGCAUGGAUGACUUCACGCCCAGCGGAGAAUGGGACAUCAUUGCCCUGCCAGGUCGACGAAACGAGAACCCGGCUGACCCCACCUACGUGGACAUCACAUACGACUUCAUCAUUCGCAGGAAGCCGCUGUUUUACACCAUCAACCUCAUCAUACCUUGUGUGCUCAUCACCUCACUGGCCAUCCUGGUCUUCUACCUGCCGUCCGACUGCGGAGAGAAGAUGACGCUGUGCAUCUCCGUGCUGCUCGCGCUCACCGUCUUCCUGCUGCUGAUCUCCAAGAUCGUCCCGCCAACUUCACUGGAUGUUCCUCUGGUGGGGAAGUACUUGAUGUUCACCAUGGUUCUGGUCACUUUUUCCAUAGUUACCAGUGUGUGUGUGCUCAACGUCCACCACCGCUCACCCACCACGCACACCAUGCCUCCCUGGGUUAAACUGGUGUUCCUCAACAAGCUUCCCGCCUUGCUCUUCAUGCGACAGCCAAGGAACAGCAGCGAGCGCCAGCGGCUACGCCAGCGAAGGCGAGCACAGGAGCAGAAGGAGGGCGGGCGCAGCGGGGAGCCAGCGGCCCUGAUGGUCGGCCUCGGGCUUGGUGGCGGUGGUGGGAACGGAGGGGGGACCUCAUCGUCUGUUUUUGGGAAGGACGACGGGGACCCUUGCACGUGCUACGUGAACCGGGCGUCCGUCAAACAGUUUGGAGGGGACCUGGUGGGUGCCGGAGGGGGAUCAAUGGAUGGUCUGAACAGAGUGAGGGAGGGCCGGGAGGGCAGUUCUGGAAACCUGCCCCGGGGGAAGCAGGCAGCUGGAGGUCCGGCUUUGACUCAGGCCUUGCUGGCUCAAGCCUGUCCAGGAUUUGAUGAGGCAGUGGAAGGAGUUCGCUUCAUCGCCAACCACAUGAAGAGCGAAGACGACGAUCAGAGUGUGAGCGAGGACUGGAAGUAUGUUGCUAUGGUGAUCGACCGCCUCUUUCUCUGGAUCUUUGUGUUUGUUUGCGUGUUCGGCACGUUGGGCAUGUUCAUGCAGCCCCUUUUCCAGAAUUACACAGCGAAAACCAUCAACAUGCCCGGCUGAUUGCUUCCGCCAACAGACAAGCGCCAAUGACCAAUCAGAACCGCAGGACAAAUGACAGAGGUGGUGUGUGACGGCGAGUGUGUGUGUGUGUGUGUGUGUGUGUGUGUGUGUGUGUGUGUGUGUGUGUGUGUGUGUGUGUGUGUGUGUGUGUACUUUGGGGCAAUUAGGGUUCUUAGUUUAUCGUGUCUAUGGAACUGGAAUCAAAAAUGCUAUUAAAGAGCUGUCCAUUGACUUUAUAAUAACAUUUUUGUAACAAACAACCAUUUUUCUUGUAUGAGGUUAAAUACAAGGAAAAAGACAGUGACACGCUUUUUCCUGGAUUUUUUUUUUGUUGCUCUUGGAGAAUUAAAACAGACUGACCUCCCGUCUCUAGUGUAAAGAUCCACCCUCGUUCCUGUCCUCAGCCUUUCAGGGAGUGAGGACGCAGAUUUUCUCCUUGUUGCACCCAGCCAGACAACACCGACUGCUUCACAGCAACGCCGCCACAGAUGAGACUCCACGGUUGUGUUGGCUGAUACUGAGCAUCAGACAGUGAAGGAAGGUUCAUGUUGAGCAUCUUGCUUUUUGUUUUUCUGUUGUUUUUUUUUCCAAGAAAUUCAUAAUGUCAGUGAACCGAUUCAGUAUUUUUCAUCAUAGCGUAGCAGCUUGCCACAAGCAUAUUGCAUCGAGUAAAUACUUAAUAUUUCUAUAUAUCAAUUCAUGCAAAGAUUUGUUGAUGAUAGAGAGAUUUCAGUGUAUUGUAUGAUUGUAUAGCUAUAAAAGGAAUGUGAUUUAAACUACUGCACAACCUGCGUCCCGCACGCGAACACUAGACGUGUAAGAUCUGCAGAUUAAAGGGAAACAUAAAGGAGACGCAUAUACCGAAAAGAAAACAAGGGGGCAAUAUUAAUGAAAAGUCACGCAUGGACAUUUUUCCGGGUGUUCUUUUUUUUUUCUUUGCUUAAAGUGCUGCAGACGAGUCCUGAGAAGUGGAUUAAACUGAGCCAAAAUGUUGCAACCGAACAGUAAAAGUGCUGAACUCUGGAAUGAGAUUUCUAUUUUUAACCAGAUGAAGUAAUAAGGAGGCACUCGUUGGUUGUGCAAACAGUUAUGCAUACAUUGAAUUAUCGAUAAACUGAUGGAGGUAUUUUCAAAGGCUUUGGGAUAAUUAUGUGUGUUAACAUGGUCUCAUGUCUGUUUGCUUCAUGUUGUUGCCCUAAUCAGACUGAGGUAGAGUGUCUUAGCUCCUCUGUCCUCAUUAGAAAUGCACCAAGAAAAGAAGUCGGCUGGUGACCUGAAUCAGUCAAACCAGCCUGAAACCAGACAGAUACUUCAAAAUCCAGAUAUUUUUCCGGUUCAGGACACACGCCAUACCUGGAGGUACUCAAAGCUACCUAAAUAUUGCAUCUUUAAGGCACUUAGAAUCAUAGUCAGAGGAAGCACAGAUACGUGAGAAGGUAUUUUGAAUAAACAUGGUUCUCCCUUACAUUUGAAGAAGGUUAAUUCAGGCAGACAGAGAGCAACAGUUUCAGCAGAGAGCAGGAAUGCUGAACGUAUUUGGAAAUCUAAGAUUAAGGAUAUCGAUUCUCUAAGGAAUAAACGCUAAUUCUGCAGGUUUUGUAAUGCAAGCGCGCUAAUCGCUACCACAGCAUACUCAAGAUAGUUUAAACUCUGAAUUCUUUAAUAGUUUGUUUUUUAAAAUUAUUGGAAAACCUUGUUGGUGACACAAUUAGUCAUUUUGAUCAGAUCUGAUCCAGCUGGAUUUGCGUUUGAUAUGCCAGUCCAUUUGUUACCAGACAAAGUCAUAGUAAUUUUAGGUUGUCUUUCAUCUUACAUUAUUUCCUAAAUACAAAUCACUUCACCAUAGCGCUAUCUCAUGAGGAAGAUUAAAUUGCAAGAGUUCCAGUGCCAUUCGUUCAUCCUUUAAUAGUGUUGUUCCUCAGGAGAAAUCAGAGCCAACUUCAGGAUUUCCAAAAGUAGAAAAUCAGAAUCGCAGGUGCAUCUCAAAUCCUCUUGCUCAACGCUUGAACUUUAAUGUGUAAAUGUGAACACCCUUCUGUAUUAUCACCCCUGAGAGCUGCAGCAUAAAGAAUGUGUGUCUUCCAACCUUUUCUUCAAUUAGUCUCUGCCAAACUCCAGUCCAUUUGGUAUUUCAAACUCACAAAUUUCCCCUAUUAGUAUUUCCAGAAUCUUAUCAGGGUCUUAGACUCUCAAGGUAAACGCAAAAGGACCUUUGCAAUCACAUGUGCAAUUAAAAUGUUAAUGAAUAAAGAAGGAGCUCAAGAGGAUCAACUGUCCUUGUAAGUGGAAAAUGCCUAAACAAUUGAGUGGAAACCGAAACAGAGAACGGACUCCAAAUGUUUCACUUUGAAGGAAAAGGACUAAAAACACACAAAAAAAGCUCUUUCAUCCCUGUAAUUGUCAUCGUCUGUGAGUUUCUCGGGAUUUAUACAGUCAUGUGGCCAGGUGUGCAGCUACACUCGCGAGGAAACGUCUCCCUCUCUGCCUCUCGACGAUGGGAUCACCCGUGGGGAUCCCUGGCAGAUCUCAUACAAGUGUGAAAAGCCUUUCAGAGACCCGUGAAUACUGUUGGCUGCAUGGCUCUGCACAGAGAAAGUGCCGCUGCCCACUCUCUGUUUGCUCCCCUCGACCUUUUCGCUCUCCUUCCUUUUUCCACUCACUUCCUCUCUGAUGAUUAUGCUCCACCAUCCUUCACCUUCCCCCCAUUCCUGACUGAAAUCUGCUCACCUUAACCGUUCUAAUAAAGGUUGUAGGUUCAGAUUAA